AUGGCCGCAGACACAGACCACAAGCGCCGCCGAAUCAGCGGACUGUUGUCCCCCAGGGAAACAGGUCGCAACGGCAGACCGUCCCCAGUCCCAGCAGACUCUGGCUAUGGCGGCUCCAACAGCGGGACAGUAUCGAAGAACAGCUCAGACGUCAAGCCGAUUGACAACAAUGGGCAGGUGCCGGGGGUGGACUCACGCCGGAAUCUCGCAGUCAACCAGCGCACCGGAGAGGUGGUGGACGACGACACGGGGGAGGUUGUAUCAACUAUCACUACAACGACUACGACCACGACGACUACUACAACGAGGCGAGCAAGAAGCAAAUCGCCAUUGCCACAGCAACAGACCAGCACCACAACUACCAGGGAGAAUGUGGUACACGAGCCAGCGCGCCAACAACUGCUCGACCCUUCAAGUGCCGCCGUGCGCCCUACGACCGAAGCGGCAGAACUGCCCCCAGCUCUGCCACAAAGACCUCCCGACGAGCAACACCCUGCAUUCAAGCACGGCACUGCCGGGCCCAGCAAGAGCAGCGGUCGAGACUACGCCUCGGAACAACAUGCUCGCAUGGCUCUCGAUCAGAGCAGUCCCGCACGAAAAUGGCAGAACCCAGGCUACCACGCCGCCCCUUCUCCAGUCCCGGAGCAGAGGCACAGCAGCUUUCAAAAUCUCAAGGAUGCCGCUGUAGGCCUUCAGGGCGUAGGUCAGACUCUGAGGGGGACCGUCGAGCAGCGUGACACCAAGCGUGACUCUGCGAGAGCAACGGCAACCAAUCUGAAGAACCAAGCUGCCGGAGACUUCAACCGCUGGCAGGAGUCCCGAAGGCAGAAGACACCGGAAGCACCGCCAUAUGAGCCACCGCAGAACCAAUAUGCCCAGCAGUCCCAGCAGACCCAGCAGCCGCAGUACACGACGCCGCCGCCUCCGAACCAGAGCAGCUGGCAGGCUCCAUGGACGGAACCACCUGUCCCGAUGCCGUCCCCUCCGGCGGUGCCUACUCAUCCUUACGACAACCUCCCAGACGGACUGAGAAAGCGGAAGAGCUUGAGCUCCAUGCCUGCGACCUUCACGCCUGAAAGUACUGGCCAGGUGGAGGAGAAGAAGAAGCAUGGCAUGUUGGGGAGAAUGAUGGGCAAGUCGAAGAGUCCUGGGCCCGCAUAG